GGAGACAAAAGUGUCUCAGUUAAUCACACUUUUCAUGAACUUAACUUCUCCAGGAGUUUACCGUGUAUUUUCUCAAAAUAUAAAAAGAUUUCUUCCUGUGUUUUCAACUUCUUCUAGGAAACUUCUUUUGAAUAGAUAUUACUUAUUUAUGAGAGAAAUGAGCAUCACUGUUAACGUGGAUGUUAAAAACUACCCAACUGUUUCGCUGCUUACUGUUGCACACCUUCAAGAAAAUGGUAUUAAAGUAACGCUUGUAGAGGGAAACAGUACGUUUGUAAAACUGAGCAAUUCAAGUAUUGAAGGGGAUACAUCAGUUGCAAAAUAUUUAGCUCGCUUAUAUCCUAAUGAGAAUUUGUAUGGAUCAUCUGUUCUGGAAAAAUCUCAGGUUGAUAGCUGGAUUGAUUUUAGUCAUCUUUACCUAAGAAGUCCAGAAGGUAUUAAUGAUCCUCUCAAUGAGCUAAACAAAUGUUUAGAACCAGCUACUCAUCUUGUAGGACAUUCAUUUACUCUUGCAGACUUUGCUGUUUGGGCUUCAUUGAAAGGUAAUUCUACUUGGGAAUCUAUGUUCAAAAAACGUUACCUUCAUGUUUUACGUUGGUUUGAAUACUGUUCAAAUCAGAAAAUAUUCAAAUUUGUAAUGGAUAAUAAAACUAAAAAUCCUACUUCCAUUGAAAAUGUAAAAGAUGUAAAAAAAGCAACAGGUUUAAAGACUACAAUGGAAGAAGGAGGAAAGUUUUUUGAUUUACCAGGAGCAGAAAAAGGAAAAGUUGUUGUUCGUUUUCCUCCUGAAGCUAGUGGGUAUUUACAUAUAGGGCAUGCGAAAGCUGCGCUGAUGAAUCAGUAUUAUAAAGAACUUUAUGAUGGAAAACUUAUAAUGAGAUUUGAUGAUACAAAUCCAGCAAAGGAAAAUGCUCAUUUCGAAGAGAUUAUCCUAGAAGAUAUCAAGUUGUUGCAACUAACGCCAGAUCAUUAUUCGAGAACAUCCGAUCAUUUUGAUGUUAUGUUAAAAUAUGCUGAUCAAAUGAUUAAACAAGGAGAUGCAUACUGUGACAAUACUGUUGCUGAAGAAGUGAAAAGACUGCGAGAAGAAAGACUUCCAUCCCCAAAUAGAAAUUUGUCUAUUGAUGAGAAUCUUGAGUUAUUUAAAGAAAUGAUAGCUGGUUCUGAGAAAGGUUUAACUUAUUGCCUUCGUGCUAAAAUUGACUACAAAUCUGACAAUGGCUGCUUGCGCGAUCCUGUAAUGUACAGAUGCAGAACAGAAGAACAUUUAGUACAUGGAAAUAAAUAUGUUGUUUACCCUACAUAUGAUUUUGCAUGUCCAAUUGUUGAUAGUCUUGAAGGUGUAACACAUGCAUUAAGAACUUCAGAAUAUUUGGACAGAGAUUCUCAAUAUUAUUGGUUCAUUGAUAAACUAGGAUUGAGAAAACCUUACAUAUAUUCUUACAGUAGACUUGCAUUAGUUAACACAGUUCUCUCCAAGCGAAAACUUACCUACUUGGUAGAUGAAGGAUUUGUAGAUGGGUGGGAUGAUCCACGCUUUCCUACUGUAAGAGGAAUCUUAAGAAGAGGGAUGUCUGUUCAGGGAUUAAAAGAAUUUAUUGUUGCUCAAGGUUCAUCAAAAUCAAAUGUUCACAUGGAAUGGGAUAAAAUUUGGGCUUUCAACAAAAAAGUAAUUGAUCCAAUAGCUCCGCGUUUUAAUGCUCUGCUGAAGAGUGAUGUAGUUCCUGUUAUUGUUAAUGGUGCUACUGAGUCAUCUGCAGAAUAUCCUAAGCAUCCUAAGAAUGAUGAAGUUGGUAAAAAACAAGUUUACUACUCUAGCAAAGUUUAUAUUGAGGGAGAGGAUGCCAACCUAAUGAAGGAAAAUGAACUUGUCACAUUUAUCAAUUGGGGAAACCUUCGUAUCACCAAAGUUAACAAAGAGGGUGAAAAAGUUAAAUCUAUUGAAGCUAAUCUUGAGUUAGAAAAUAAAGACUUCAAAAAAACAGCUAAAAUUACUUGGCUUGCUGAACACAGCAAAGCACCAUUUAUUCCCACUCAAUGCUUAUUCUUUGAUAAUAUUAUUGAUAAAGAUUUAACAAGAGAUGAUGACUUCAAAGAACACAUUAGCAAAAAUACAAAGCAUGUUUAUGAAAUGAUGGGUGAUCCAUGUUUAUCUACUAUCAAAAAAGGGGACAUUAUUCAACUUCAAAGACGUGGGUUUUUUAUUUGUGAUGAGCCCUACCAGUCUGCAAGUUGUCACUCAGGUCUUGAAACUCCUUGCAAACUGUUUCAUAUACCUGAUGGAAGUUCUUCUGGGAUGAUGAAUCAAGGUAAAGACAAAGCAAAUGCUAGUUCAUCUUCAUCAAGGGAAAAAUCUUCUUCCAGUAAAAAGCAAGUAAAACAAGAGCCAAAAGAGCAAAAAACUCUUGUUAACAAAGAGAAUCAGUUGAAAGAACAAACAUCUCAAGCUUUGUUUGACUCUGUAACUGCUCAAGGAGAAAAAAUUAGAAAAUUAAAAAGUGAUAAAGCUUCAAAGGAAACCAUAACUGCAGAAGUCAACAUUUUAAAAGACUUGAAGGCUAAGUACAAAGAAUUAACUGGUGUUGAGUAUACAAAUGAUGCUAGUGUUGUUGCUAAACCAACUACUGUAGCAAAACCAACUGUGACGAAACCAGCAGUUAAAACUGAGUCCACAAAGCAGGACUCUUCUAAUACUCAUCAAAGUUUAUAUAAUAGUAUUUCUGCACAAGGAGAUCGAAUACGUAAUUUAAAAUCUGAAAAAGCUUCAAAGGAGGUCAUUGGAGCAGAAGUUAAUAUUCUAAAAGAAUUAAAAAAUAAAUAUAAAACCUUAACUGGAAUUGAUUAUCCGGCUUUGUCUCAACCUGCUGAUUUACAAAUGGCGCCUACAUCAUCACCUACAAUAGUUCAUGCUUCAAGUUCUGAUGAUAUGACCAAAAAAAUUUAUGACCAAGGUGAAAAAAUUCGUCUUCUUAAGUCAGCAAAGACUUCAAAGGAUGUUUUGCAACCUGAAAUUGAUAUUCUUCUCAAGUUAAAAGCAGAGUACAAAGUGCUAACUGGUUCAGAUUAUAAGCCUCAAGGUGAAGUGAAACAUACGGAAGAUAAAAAGAAGGUUGAAAAACCUAAAGAAAAAGUUGAAGUAAAACAAGAGGAUGGAAAAAAACAAUCUAGAUUAGGUUUAGAAGCAACCAAAGAAGAAAGUUUAAGUGACUGGUAUUCACAGGUUAUCACAAAGUCCGAGUUAAUAGAGUACUAUGAUGUCAGUGGGUGUUAUAUUUUGAGACCUUGGGCAUAUGGAAUUUGGGAGACUAUUAAAGAGUUUUUUGAUCAAAAGAUUAAAGCUUCUGGUGUGGAGAAUUGUUAUUUUCCUAUGUUUGUAUCUCAAGCUGCUUUAGAGAAGGAGAAAGAUCAUAUUCAAGAUUUUGCUCCAGAGGUAGCCUGGGUAACAAAAUCUGGACAGAGUGAACUAGCUGAACCAAUUGCUAUUAGACCAACAUCAGAAACUGUAAUGUAUCCUUCUUACGCCAAGUGGAUCCAAUCAUAUCGUGAUUUACCACUUCGCAUGAACCAAUGGUGCAAUGUUGUUCGAUGGGAAUUCAAACAUCCACAGCCAUUUUUAAGAACCAGAGAAUUUUUAUGGCAAGAAGGACAUACAGCAUAUGCUAACAAAGAAGAGGCUUGUGAAGAGGUGCUUGAAAUUCUUGGCUAUUAUGAACAAGUCUAUACUGAACUUCUUGCUAUACCAGUUGUAAAAGGUAGAAAAACAGAAAAGGAGAAAUUUGCCGGCGGUGAUUUUACUACAACAUGUGAAGCAUUUAUUUCAGCUAGUGGUCGUGCUAUUCAAGGUGCAACUUCACACCAUCUUGGACAAAACUUCUCUAAGAUGUUUAACAUUGUAAUUGAAGACCCUAAAAAUCCUGAAUCUAAAGAGAAAUUAUUUAUUUAUCAAAAUUCAUGGGGACUUACAACUCGCUCAAUCGGUGUUAUGGUUAUGGUCCAUGGUGACAAUAAAGGGCUUGUUUUGCCACCACGAGUAGCAAACAUUCAGGUUAUUAUUGUACCUGUGGGUGUUACUGCUAGUACUACUGCUGAAAAACGUCAAGAAAUAUAUGACUACUGUAAUAACUAUGAAGCAAUUUUGAAAAAAGCUGGUAUUCGAGUAAAAUUGGAUGCUAGAGACAACUAUUCUCCUGGCUGGAAGUUUAACCACUGGGAGCUGAAGGGAGUUCCGAUCCGCAUUGAAUUAGGACCGCGUGAUAUAGAGAAAAAUGAAUUGGUUGCUGUUAGGCGAGACACAGGAGAAAAAAUUUCAAUGAAGCAAGAAGGUUGUUCGGACGAAAUUUCCUCACUUCUAGAAAGAAUUCAGUCGGAUAUGUUAGCGAGAGCAACCGACCAACUCAAUUCAGCUUUAACUGUUACGAAAUCUUGGGAAGAAUUCAAUUCUAACCUUGACAAAAACAAACUCAUCCAGGCGCCAUUCUGUGGUGGAAUAAAGUGCGAAGAAUUGAUCAAAAAAGAGAGUGCACGAGAGGAUAAUGCUGAUUCUGGCGCUCCUUCUAUGGGUGCAAAAAGCUUGUGUAUUCCUUUUAAACAACCCGCGAUAGUUACCGAUGAAAAAUGUAUUCAUCCAGGGUGCAAUCAACCUGCCGUUUCGUAUACACUUUUUGGAAGAAGUUAUUAAUGAUCUGAAGUCUUUCGUUCAAUAAGUUUUUCCAUGUAGUGCUUAUAUAAUAUAUUUUUUUUAUUUCAAUUAAAUAAAGGAAAUCCUUUUUAUUA